CCUUGCUUGAGUCUCAACGAUGGUGGGUGCUUGUCAGCCAGUGUGUUGAAGCCACUGAGAAAGUUAUAUAGCAGGAGUGCGAUAUAUAAAAGCAUCAAUAUUCAUAGUGAGACAGUUCAAUCGCACCAAAAGUGUCCACUCCAAUAAUGAUUCGUCGGAUUCGUCUCUAGUUCUUGUUGAGAGGAUCUGUGUGCAGGAAAGCCAACACAUAAAAUCACCCCUUAAAAUAGACGCUGAGCGCCACAAUGAAGGACACAUAUCGGAAUUGUAGAGCCACGAUGGGAAUUGGAAUGAUUGUCGUAUUUCUUGCCGGCUUUACCUCUGAAGCUGCACAUCACGAGAAAAUUAAUCUACAGCCACCUGUUCUUGAGGUGGUGAAAUCCGUCAAUGAUUCUUUCAUUGUGACGUGCAACGCACAAAAUAACGUCAUGGCCGUUCGAUGGCAGAAUCCAAAGAGAGGCUCAAUAAGGGAGCGCAAAGGGCGCAUUCACACUGAAGAAAUCCGGGAUUCCCUCGCCCUUGUCUUCGAGCACAUCACACUUGCCGAUCGAGGCGAAUGGAGCUGCCUGGGAGACGAUAUCGAAGACAUAAAAAGCUCCUUCAGAAUGAUUGUCAACGAGGAAAUGAGGUUCGUGGAUACACCAAUUGUACAGCUGGCACGUGAACAUCGAGACGCUACAAUAAGAUGUGAGGUCAAAGGUGAUCCAGAGCCUCUCAUUUCAUGGGAUUACAACGGAAAACCCAUACAAUUUCCACACGAGAAGUACAUCAAACUGGCUGAUGGGCUGUUCAUCAAGAAGGUUCACCGAAACGACAGCGGGGAGUACACUUGCAGAGCAUUCCAGGUGUCCCCUUCGAUAGUCAACAGCAAAGAGCAACGAAUUCGACUCAAUGUUCAGUACAAACCCAUCCUCCUGUCUAAGGAGAAUAUUCAGUACAUCUACAAGAAUGGGACGAUGAAUCUCACAUGCGAAGCUGAAGCCGAACCACCGGCAAAUUUCACAUGGUUUCGUCACGGAGAAAAUAAAAUGGUAAAAAUCGAUCCUGCCCAGCAGACAAUCCACGUGGCCCUGGGCAUUUCCCAGCUGGAAAUCACUCUGACAGAAGCAUCGGUUCUCGGUCAAUAUCGCUGCAGGGCGAUCAAUCCUCUGGGCAGAGUUGAACAUGAUAUCUUCCUGAAGGAGGGCGUGAAACCUGAUCCGCCGUCGAGCUUUGAAUUGCUCGGCAGAAACUCAGUCGUGCUGAACGUGGAUGUCGGAGCUCCGAGACAGAUGGAGUCCCCGGAAAUGAAUAUCGUUGGCUAUCGCUUCCAGAUCAUGCCCGUGAACGAAUUUGAACUUCGCGAUCAGGAUUGGACUUUAGCGCGUCAAAUUGACUUCUCCGUGGAGAACAGGACGACCUAUCUUCUGACUCAGCUGGAACCCCAAACCAGGUACAUCGUGAGGGUGGCCAGUAUAAAUCUAUCUGGACUGAGUGAUUACACGGAUCCGAAGGAGUUCAGCACCGUAAGUCACGGGGUGUCGAAGGCCUCCGUCAACCUUCUGGCCUCAUCCCUCAUCUUCCUCCUUAACUUCGCCUUCUGUCACUUUCUGUAAGCCUCAUCGUCAUGUUGUCGUUGCAUAAAAUCGUCGCUUCUUGUGAACCACACACACCCCAUAAUGUAAUAAAAGUGUAUUUAAGUACUUAAUAGUUUAAUUUCAUAUAGAUAGUCACAGUGAAAUUAUGUAUAGAAAUUAGCCUUACAUGUAGUCUAUCUUGAAAUAUACAAGGAACAUGAAAGCGCCUAUAACAUGUUAUUAUUUCG